GUUGGGAGAAACAUCAUUUGCCAAGUUGCCAUGAGCGCGGUCUGCGUCGCGAGCCCGCCGAUCGAAGACGACUGGGACAUGCCACUGCUCUUCAUGACGUCGCUGCCGACUAACUUCAAGGUCAACGCUGACAUCGCCGCGCUCGCGAGCUUCACGGACGACUACGAGGUCUCGGAUGACGAAGGCCCGUCGCCGCCCAAGACAGGCAAGGUGCAGGACAAGACCAAGUUCCGGUCGUCAUCGCGCCACGUAGCCAAGCCGUACGCCAAGUCAAAGAAGGCCAACAUGGCCGAGCUGCAAGUGUGCAUGAAGUUUUUCAACAUGUAAACGACCCUUCUGUGUAUUUAAUACGAGCGCAGCACACGACUGGGUUGCCUUGGCCCUCGACCUCACUGCUGCAGCGUAUGCCGAACCAUUGCGCCGACACAAUACACUUCAAAAUACAAUUGACCACCCGGAGCGGAGCCGGUGCCAAGGUGCGGCAAGUACCUUAGCUUCACGCCGUCCGCACGGUAACGUGGGAUGGUCAUUCCGC